AUGGAGGCCACUCCUGAGAAGGCUCUGUCCUUGCAUCCCACCAACUGGAUGUUUAUCAGUGACAACGCAGAGAGCAAGGCUCAAGAUGAAGACCUGAGGACCUUGGCAGAUGCAUAUCGGUCAGUUUCGUGCCAGAACUCAAGCCUGGAAUGUUUAGCCAAGAGUAUCUCAGCCCAUCAUCUUUCAACAAUGCAGACCCAUGAGCCAUUAUUAGAAACGUCUGAUAGUGUUAAGGAAGCAGCAGCCUCUGAGAAUCAGACGGGCCGAACGGAGGACAAACCAUGGCCACUGGACACGCCCUUCCAGAAGGAGAGAGAGCCCUCCCCAAGGAUCAAGAUCAACCUUAAUUAUCGCAAGGGACUUGUUGACCCAAAUGACCCGGAUUGCUUUGAUAGAGACCAGCUUUUUAGCACCGUUACCAGGGGGAACCCGGAGGAUCUGGAAGGCCUGAGUGACUACCUGAGACGAACCCGUAAAUAUCUCACAAACUCUGAAUAUACAGAUGGCAUCACAGGCAAGACCUGCUUAAUGAAGGCCCUGCUGAAUUUAAAAGGCGGGAGGAACCCCACCAUCCCACUACUGUUGCAAAUAGACAAGGAGACUGAGAACCCCAGACCGCUGAUCAACGUUGCUUGCCGGGAUAGCUACUACAGAGGUCAUACAGCUCUCCACAUUGUCAUUGAGAAGAGGAAUCUAGAUCUAAUCCAGCUCCUGGUAGAGAAUGGUGCUGAUGUCCAUGCCAGGGCUUCUGGCAAGUUUUUCCAACAGAGGAAAAAAGGAGUCUGCUUCUAUUUUGGCGAGCUUCCCCUCUCCCUGGCUGUGUGCACCAACCAGGCGGACGUGAUCCAGUACCUCCUGCAUAAUCCUUACCAGCAGGCCAGGCUGACGGAACAGGAUUCCCAGGGCAAUAUGGUCCUCCAUGCCCUGGUGAUGGUGGCCGACGAUACGGAGAAGAACACGGAGCUGGUGAUCAGGAUGUACGACGAGGUCCUGAUCGAAGGCUCCAAGAUCAACCCCACGUGGAGGCUGGAGGAGAUGGUCAACCAGAAAGGGCUGACCCCUUUGAAACUGGCGGUCAAGACUGGCAAAGUAGAGAUUUUCAAGCACAUUCUUCACUGAGAGAUCAAGGACCCGGCUUUCCGGCAUCUCUCGCGCAAGUUCACCGAAUGGACCUACGGGCCCCUCCAGAUCUCUCUCUACGACCUGUCCUCCAUAGACAGCUACGAGAAGAAUUCAGUGCUGGAAAUCCUGGCCUAUAACAGCGACACCCCGAACCGGUACAAAAUGGUGGUCAUGGAGCCUCUGAACAAGCUGCUCCAAUGGAAGUGGGAUUCCUUUGCGUCACAGAGAUUCCACUUCAGUUUCUUCUUCUACCUGCUCUUCAUGUUCGUUUUCUCGGCUGUCGCUUACCACCGGCCCGUGGAUGAGAAACUUCCUUAUGCAGUGACGGUUUCUGCCGGAAGUAUCUUCAUGCUCCUGGGCCAGAUCAUUGUCUGUCUUGGAGGCCUUUAUCUCUUGGUUGGUCAGGGUCUCUACCUGUGGAGGCGACGCAAGUCCUUGAAGAGUCUGCUUGCAGAUAGCUGCAUUGAAAUUUUUCUGUUGGUUCAGUCGUUUGCACUGCUGACUUCUGUGCCACUGUACCUUUUGGGCAUGGAAGAAUACGUACCUUUCAUGGUUUUCUCUUUGCUUUUGGGCUGGGUGAACAUGCUAUACUACACCCGUGGCUUCGAGCAGACCGGGCUCUAUAGUGUCAUGAUACAGAAGGCUAUUCUGAGGGACCUUCUGUGUUUCCUCUUGGUCUACGUGAUCUUCCUCAUGGGCUUUGCAUUAGCCCUCUUCACUCUCGCUGGAAAAGCUCCAGCCUUCAAUACGACAGUUGCCCCGAAGACGGAGGAGCACAUAUCCCCGGUUGUCUACUCGGGGCUGUUCCAAACCUGCCUGGAGCUCUUCAGAUUCACCAUUGGGAUGGGUGACCUGGAGUUCCAAGAGCACGUGAAGUUCAAGUACUUCGUCAUGUUCUUGCUCCUGCUCUUUGUGAUCCUGACCUACAUCCUCCUGCUGAACAUGCUGAUUGCCCUGAUGAGCGAGACGGUCACCAAUGUCUCCGGCUACAGCCAGAGCGUCUGGAAGCUCCAGGUCAGUCCCACAGCGGUCAGUCCCACAGCAUUGCCUUCUCUGCUGGGCUUCUUUUGA